CGAUACGAUGAUUAUUUGCAUAUCGGGUUUUAUAAUUGGCGAAAGCUUUCCCCAAAAGAGCAUCGAACGCAGCGGCUCCACACAGUACGAUCUGGCUGGGGCGCCGCCGGCCGGCUUCAGCACAGCCUCCACCACCGACAGCGGCAGCGUUGGGGGCUAUGUCUACCUGCAGAACCACUAUGCGCCCGGCGCCCACAACGCCGCCGCCGCCAUCAACUACCCCACGCAGCAGCACCAUCCCCAGAUGAUCUACCAGCUCCAGCAGUACCCCACGUGCCAUAAGCAUCAGCAGCAGCUCCAGCAGCAACAGCAGCAGCAGCAGCACCUGCACCAGGCCGCUGCGGGACACUACAUGCAGGUGACCUCGGCGACAGCGGGAGGAUCUUCGGCCUACCACCAGCACCACCACAUGCUCCACGGGGGACAGCACGGACAGCACCAUGCACACCAUCACGGCCACGGCGGAGCGGUGGUCAUUGCCGGCAGCGGCGUGGGCACUGGCAUGGGAGCCGGCAGCGUGAUCAUGCAACACCAGCAGCUGCAACAGAUGCAGCAGCACCAGCAGCAGCAGCACCAGCACCAGGGAAUGCACAAGAAGAACUCGAUCCGCAAUGGCGGAGAUGACCUCAAGCGCGGACGGGCACAGUCAGCAAGCAUAGAUACGUAUCUACGGAGGAGAUUGAAAGCAGUACAGGAGGCAGGUGGCAGCUGGACUAAGAGCUCUAUUAAACGCCAGAUCCCCUCCUCCAUUGCACACUCUGGGCAUUCUGGCAAUCAAAAGUCGCGCUCUCUGUCGAUGCGGGAGCGACGACAGCUGGACUGCAGUCCCAUACCACGUAGUCAAUCGGGCGCCUCUCCCGUUUCCAUUUCGGGAUCCACAGCCACCGCUGGCGGAAUGGCCUCCCAUCCGCAUGUGAAUCUGCUGCACGCGGCCGAGCCGCAUUACUACAAUGCCCAGGGAGCCGUCUACUACACCAGCUACCACGGCUCCCCGCACGACCUGAGCUACGCCAGCUCCGCGGACGUCUCGCUGAACGCCUCGUGGGUGAACGCCAGCGGGCACAGCCCCCACACGCCCUACUACUCGGCGGCACAGAUCUACAUGCGCCCCAAGGGCGGCAGCACCACGCCCACUCCCAGCUGCAGCGGCAGCACGGGCAGCGGCAGCGGCAGUGGCAGCGGCAGCUGCAAGAAGGUUCCGCCGGAGGUGCCCAAGCGCACCUCUUCGAUCACGGCACAGCAGCAGAGCCAGCUGCUGCUGCUGCAGCGCCAGACACCGCCGCCCCCGUCGCUGCUGCGGACCAACGGGCUCUGCAAGACGGCGGAGAACGGCAGCCUGACCUCCGUCCAGAGUUCCGGCUCAGACUCGAGCGUCACCUCGGCGGAGCGGAACAUGAACAGCGACCUCGGAUCGGACCGCAGCAACUCCCCCCACACGUGGAAGCGUGGCACGGCCCUGAACAGCUCCCAGCAGUUCUCCACGCACUCGGCCGACUCGGUAUCGUUCUCGGUGCCCAGCGGAGGUGGAGGUGGAGCCGUUGUGGUCUCCGGAGCAGCCAUAGCUGCUGCUGGGCCCGGAGCUUAUGCCGCACAGAUGCAGGCGGCCGUGGCAGCGGCCACAGCGGCGGGCGGAGUACCGCCGACGGACGAUCAUGCCGUCUCGUCGCACCAGCAGCAGCACGAGCAGCAGCAGCUGCAGGCAGCGGCCUCCGCCGCGGGCGUGGCCCAGAACUACAAGAUGUCGGAGACCAUACGCAAGCGGCAGUACGGCGUGGGCCUCAAUCUGUUCAACAAGAAGCCGGAGAAGGGCAUCACCUAUCUCAUCCGCAGGGGCUUCCUCGAGAACACGCCACAGGGCGUGGCUCGUUUCCUGAUCACGCGCAAGGGCCUCUCCCGCCAGAUGAUCGGCGAGUAUCUGGGCAAUCUGCAGAACCAGUUCAACAUGGCCGUGCUCAGCUGCUUCGCCAUGGAGCUGGACCUGUCCGGCCGCCAGGUGGACGUGGCCCUGCGCAAGUUCCAGGCCUACUUCCGGAUGCCCGGGGAGGCGCAGAAGAUUGAGCGGCUGAUGGAGAUCUUCUCGCAGCGCUACUGCGAGUGCAAUGCGGACAUUGUGGGGCGCCUAAGAUCAUCCGAUACGAUCUUUGUGCUGGCAUUUGCCAUCAUUAUGCUCAAUACGGAUCUGCACACGCCCAAUCUGAAGCCGGAAAGGCGCAUGCGCGUCGAGGACUUCAUCAAGAAUCUGCGAGGCAUCGACGAUUGCCACGACAUUGACAAGGACAUGCUGAGCGGCAUCUAUGAGCGCGUCAAGUCGGACGAGUUCAAGCCGGGCAGCGACCACGUCACCCAGGUGAUGAAGGUGCAGGCCACCAUUGUCGGCAAGAAGCCGAAUCUGGCGCUGCCCCACCGGCGGCUGGUCUGCUAUUGCCGCCUGUACGAGAUACCCGACGUGAACAAGAAGGAGCGGCCGGGCGUCCACCAGCGCGAGGUGUUCCUCUUCAACGACCUGCUGGUCAUCACCAAGAUAUUCAGCAAGAAGAAGACCUCCGUGACGUACACGUUCCGCAACAGCUUCCCGCUCUGCGGCACGGUGGUGACCCUGCUGGACAUGCCCAACUAUCCGUUCUGCAUCCAGCUGUCGCAGAAGGUCGACGGUAAGAUCCUGAUCACCUUCAAUGCCCGCAACGAGCACGACCGCUGCAAGUUUGCCGAGGAUCUCAAGGAGUCCAUCAGCGAGAUGGACGAAAUGGAAUCGCUGCGCAUCGAGGCAGAGCUGGAGCGCCAGAAGUCGGCGCGCAACCGGGCAGAGAACGCAGAGAACCGCGAUAGUGGCGUGGCCGAUGUGGAGGUGAGUCCCUGUCCCUAUGGCUCCCAGCCCGGCGGCGGCUCCCAGGCAGCCGGCGAGCAGGCAGCUGGCAACUCGGCCGACUCCACGCAGCAGCUGAAGCGCAGUGCGCUCAGCAACAGUCUCCUGGACAUGCACGAGCAAUUUGGCAACGAGAAGCCCCAGCGACGAGGCAGCGUCGGCUCCCUGGACAGCGGCAUGAGCAUCUCCUUCCAGUCGACCACCACGUCCAGCGCCUCGCGGGAGAAUGCGGCGGCCAUUGCAGCUGCCGCCAAUGCAGCGGCGGCUGCCAAGAUGCGUUUCAACAUGCCGCCAACGGCGGCGAUUGCCACGCCCAACAAUGUGUAUGCAGCGCCCGGAAUGCAGGCGUACACGCAUGCCAACUUUGUGCAGCAGUCGCAGGCCGCCUACAUGAUGCAGCAGCAGCAAAUGCUUCAGCAACAGGCACAAAUGCAAGCCCAGGCGCAAGCCCAGGCCCAAGCGCAGGCUCAGGCGCAGGCGCUACAGCAGCAGGGAGGCGGAGGAGCAGGAGUAGGAGGAGGAGCCGUGGUCACGGGUCGAAUCCCUGGAAGGGAGAGGAAGGCCUCACGCUCCGAUGAGAACGCACGGUCGACGGAGGUCUAAGUCAUCUACUCAUCUACGUAUUGUACAUUUCCGUUGUUCAGCAAAGCGAUGGACAGCCGCUCGACCAGUU